UACCAGUCUAAGACCCUAACUUUACCAUGGAUACACCAGUUUCACUAAUAGAACAGAAAAUGUUUCACUCCAUUGAUCGAGAACUAUAUUCUCGCAUUCUUAUGGAUCUCAACUUGCGAGUUACACAAGCUAGGCAAGUACUUGUUUUAUGGCUCUGGUUGGAAGAAAUUGGGUUCCCCAAUGUUAUUGCCAAGAUAUUAGAAAUGUCAAAUUCAGCACUUCGUUUUGUGGUAGAUGAAGCAGUCAUUUGCUUGGACAGUGUUCUGUUAGAUUACAAUCUUCCAUCACCUGAAUGUGACCUCCCAAUGACGAUAAGCAUUUUGGGAAAGGAUAUUUCUCUUAAAUUCUUUAUUGAUCACAAGAAAAGCCUAACUGAGGGGAUGAUAAGGAUUAUGCAGCAUAUUUCCAGUACAGUAUUUGAGGAUUUGGAGCAGCUAGCAUCUGUGGUUACUGCAUUCAAAGCAACCUAUCUUGAUAGCUCGAAUGAAGGUACUAGUCGUGGUACAGUGGUUGAUAGUAGAGAAAAACAAAUUAUCCAAGCCCCGGGCACCUUCCCUCGAUUACAAUUGAGACCCCAUGGCGAGGGUAGUAGUCGUGGUACAGUGGUUGACGGUAAAGAGACACAGAAGAUGAUGUAUGCCCUAGAAUCCUUCGCUCGACCGCAGUUUAUACCCCAGGGUGAGGGUAGUAGUCGUGGUACAGUGGUUCAUGGUGCAGAGACACCGGUGAUACAAGCCCCAGCGUCCUUCGCUAGACUACAGUUUAUACCCCAUGGUGAAGGUAGUAGUCGUGGUAUGGUGGUUCAUGGUAGAGAGACACCAAUGAUGCAAGCCCCGGCGUCCUUCGCUAGACCGCAGUUUAUACCCCAUGGUGAGGGUAGUAGUCGUGGUACAAUGUUUGAUGGUAGAGAGACUCAAAUGAAGCAAGCCCUAGAGCCCUUCCAUCAUUUGCAGUUGAUUCCAACGAUUUGGCCGCCUGGUGAGGGUACGAAUCAUAGUAUGGUGGUUGAUGAUAGGGAGGCACCUAUGAGGCAAACCCCGCCGUACUUCCCUCCUCUACAUAUGGUACCCAUGAUCAGGCACAAUGUUGAAAGUAGCAGUGGUAUGUACCAGAUGAAUCAAGGUCAGAUGUCUUUCUAUAGAUCUCAAUUGAAUGUUAAUGCAAGGCCAUGGGAGGAGUAUGUACCAGAAUGUGAUAGAACCAUGUUUAUUACCUUUUCAAGAGGACAUCCACUUACAGAGGAAGAAAUAAGAGAGUUUCUUACUGGAAUAUUUGGAGACUGCAUAGAGUCUAUUACCAUGCAAAAGGUAACUCAGCCCCAUGAAGAUCCAGUAUAUGCACAUGUGAUCUUUAAGCUGGCCAGCACAGUUACAUUGAUUCUUAAUGGAAGUAGAAAAGCUAAAUUCUCCUACAAAGGAAAACACAUAUGGGCAAGGCGCUGGGAGAAGAGGGAUCCUUAUUUCAUCUAAGUCACCGACCAUGAUACAUAUGUAGGUUUGUUUGAGACUCUUAUCCUCGUUUUUAUUUCUUUUGGUACAAUUACUCUUGUCCUUUGAAAAAAUCAUUUUACAGUAUUGUGUUUAUUUUAUAUAUGUAAGGGAUUAUAUAAUGUGUGGGCUAUGUUAGUUUA